CCUUAUCCUGCACGAUACAUUACCUAGCUACACAAUACAUGUAACGAAGUCAUCGACAUUGUUAUUAUUCUCAACUUGAUAUCCUCGUCCAAGUCUCAACGACGCCGUAAUCGAAUAAGUGUGGUACCUCCAAUUCAUUUUCUUGGUUUAUUGGUAUAACUAAUGGCAGCACCUGAAGGAAGAGGUUUUUAUCCUCCUCUUUCCAAAUUCGAAGACGAAAACAACAAAUUUCACUUGAAUGAUGUCUAUGAUGAUCCCAUGUGGGAUGCGCCAGAAGGCCAAAAUCUGUACUCGACAGGGUUCAGAUCAUUUAGACAAGAGUCCAACUACCCUCUUCCCGGUGAUUCUGAAGAAUUUUUUGAUGAAGAGUGUGAUUCAGGUGAAGAUUAUUCUAAUUAUAUGCAGCAAAAAACUCCCGAGGUGAACUUGAAAAAUGUGUUGAGUGGGAUUGUUGCAAUUGUGACUGGAUCAAAUAAGGAUCCUAGUGCCAGUGCAGAACAGCAACAACCCACUACGAAUGUUUCAUUUCUUGGAUCUAAAAAGAAUGGAGAGACUUUUUUGCACUCUUCAGUAUACAUUCCUAGUGCGCCACCACUCCUCGAGCCUAAUGGCUCUAAUUAUAUUGCUUACAAAGAAGUACUAGAAGCUGAUCCGCCAGAGUGGCUGCCUGAUAGUUCUUCUUCAGUUUGCAUGCAGUGCAGUUCUCCAUUCACAGCCUUCACCAGAGGUAGGCAUCAUUGCCGUUUCUGUGGAGGCAUUUUCUGCAGGAUUUGCUCAAAAGGAAGGUGCUUGUUACCUGUUAAGUUCAGAGAGAAGAAUCCACAGAGGGUGUGUGAUAGCUGCUAUGAUCGCCUGGAUCCAUUACAAGGUGUUCUGAUCAACACUAUCAGCAAUGCUGCGCAGACUGCUAAGCAUGAUGUUGUUGAUUGGACUUGCACAAGAGGAUGGUUAAACCUUCCAGUUGGUUUGUCCAUGGAGCAUGAAAUAUACAAGUCUACAAGCACUUUGAGGAGUUACAGCGAGGUUGCUAGGUUGAACCCUGAGAAGUCUAUUCCCGCUGCAGUUCUUAGAGGAGCGAAAGGGUUGGCAAUUUUGACCGUUGCUAAAGCUGGAGUUCUACUUGCUUAUAAACUUGGUACUGGCUUGGUCAUUGCUCGAAGGUCUGAUGGAUCAUGGUCAGCUCCAUCUGCUAUAGUAUCUGCUGGUUUAGGAUGGGGUGCUCAGGUUGGUGGUGAGCUUAUGGACUUCAUAAUUGUUCUUCAUGAUUCCAAAGCUGUGAAAACAUUUUGUAGCCGCGUGCAUUUUUCUCUUGGAGCUGGCUGCAGUGUUGCGGCAGGCCCUGUUGGGAGAGUGCUGGAAGCUGAUCUUCGAGCUGGUGAUAGGGGGUCUGGCAUGUGCUAUACUUAUAGUUGCAGCAAAGGUGCAUUUGUGGGAGUCUCACUGGAGGGUAAUGCUGUUGCCACAAGGCUAGACACAAAUCUCCAGUUUUAUGGCGAUCCUUAUCUCACCACAACUGACAUCCUUUUGGGCACAGUGGAGAGGCCAAAAGCUGCUGAGCCUUUGUAUGCUGCACUUGAUGGUCUUUAUGCCAAGCUUCGAUGUUUCCCGAAACUCCGCUCUUAAUCAUGGUUUACAUCUGUGGCUCAAGAACAGUUUUCAUUGGUUUUCAGCACUGUAUAUAUCCUUUGUUUUCCAUGGCAAAUUGGCAAUAACUGAUAUUCCUCGCUCAAUUACCAUGACUGAGCGAAAUGCUUGUGAACGCCCUGGAGAUGAUGCACAUAUUGUAGAUUAUAGGCUUAUACUUCAGGUAUGAUUAUGAACCCGCUGAACCAGUGAAUUGGGAUGUUUAUAAUUGCUGUAUGUGUAUAUUUGGCAUCAGUUGGAUUGUCAAGUACUAUUUAUACAGUGCACAAGUUCUCACUUC